AUGUAUGCAGUUCAUGCUACACCCGCUAUCAAACCAAGGCAGCCACGUCAGUUAGACCCAUCAGAACUGCUGCAGCCAGUUCUCAAUCCAAUUCAAUUUAAUGCAGCACAGAGAAAGUCAACAAUCAAUCCACCUCCUGUUGUUCCCUUCUCGCAGCCAUACAUAUGUCAGAGUAUGUGUCCUGCAUCAGCCACUCAUUCUGCCGGACCAGACAUCACAGUCCCAUUGUCAUGGGGGCAGCCACAGGACAUGGCUCAUACUCAUCGCAGCAGUGGUGCCUCGGGCUAUUCAGAAAACCAUGCCCACUAUGGUGCUCAGCAUGAGCAUUGGGCAAAGCUCACAUAUGCACUUCCACCGAUGGACGCCAUCAUGCUCAAGAUUUCAGCUGUUCAUGAGGGUGGAAAACGGAAAAACGGACAUGGGGUACCAAUUGGGAAUAUUCGUGAAGGCAAAAGAGAUAUUGAUGCAUGCAUUGAUGCUCCCGGGCUCAUGGAGAUCGCCUUUGAUACCAUCCUUCCUAAAAUUCUGACUUUUGGUGCAGGUUUCUCAUGGUGCAUCGAGGAGUUCAUUGUUCGAGAUGCAAUGUGGGUUGACCUCUCUACGCACAAGGCCUCAAUCCCAUAUUUUUUGUUGCAAUGCAUGGUCACAAGCAAGAAGGUUUCCAAGGCAUUGAUGUUCAAGACCAAGCAAUUUGCAUUGAUGGUUGUCAUCCCCGAGGCUCAAUGGAAUGAGUAUGAGGAGUGGCUUGAAAAAGCGGAGGAGUGUGUAGCAGUACCAACAUCUGUUCCUGCCUUGGAGGUGUAUCAGCGCGUAGCAGUGCUGGUAUCUGUUCCUGCCUCAGAGGUGUCCCAGCCAACUAUUGUGCCAUCAACACAUCAGCCCAGUGCCUCCACCAAGCGGUCACACAGGCAAAAUCUGAGCAUCUCUUCAACGUCUUCAUUGCCACCUCACAAGAAACUCGCACCUGCGCAGGUUGUACCACCCAGAUCCCUCUUUAGCUCACCUGAUCGCAGUGAUCUGAAGCAAGCACUGAGGAGUGGAGGCACCACAAGCUUGGAUGUUGCACAAGUGCUCAACACAUACACUGAGCACGUUCAGUUUUAUCGCAUCCCUACUCGUCCACUUGCAGACAUUCUCAAGAAUGUCAAGUAUCGUUCUUAUACACUGGAUUCAUCACAGUCUAUCAUUGGACAGCUGACAGUGAAUGCAUCCAUAUGCAGCAUGCUAGGGGCUGGCGUAUUCAAGACAGCUCAUCCUGGCUGGCUUUCGCUCACUCCUCUUAUGGAAAGCGGGCUGGGAUCGAUCGCUGGUCAGGCUGUCGCACUCACAUAUGCCUUCAUUGAUCGCUGUAUUACCUCUUCCACUGAAUCUCCACUGUUUGAAAUCCCUCAUGUGCGCUUCGUCGAUGCUGGCUUGGCUUUAUCUUACUCUCAACGUGGUUCUAAAGCUCCUGCCAAGGGGGGCUUGAAAGUAGGGUCGUCAUGUGCGGGAUAUCUCAUCGAGGAGCUUAUUGAAGGUGGACACGCUGAAUUUGUGAAGUUCAUUCACAAUAUGGACUCUAACCCUCUGCUGGAUUAUGACAAUUAUCGCUAUGAAGUAGCCGUGUUCUUUGCAUUCACACAGCAUGUACAGUAUAUCAAGAUGGGUGGCUUGGCUUUCAUAUUGGACUAUCAAGGAAGUACAGAGCUCCUGACACACCCACAGAUCCUGACACACCUGAGUGUCAAUAGCAUUUCACCUUGCAAUGUUGAUCAUAUUUUUCACCAGAAGCAGCAUAAGUGCAAUAAAUUUUGCAAGUGGCCAGGGUUUGGAUUGGAGGCCUUUGUCGAGCAGACAGAAGAAGCAGAAGACGAAGUGGAAGAUGAAGUGGAAGUGGAAGGUGCUCCGACGACUCCUUAG